AUGAAGCAGGCGCGCGGGGUGGAGGACGUGGAGGCGCUGCGUGGGCUGCUGCAGGAGCACUACCACGACGUGCCGGUGCCGGUGCGCGAGAAGCGCCAGCAGCGCACCAUCCCCUUCGAAGAGGAGCGGCAGCGCCUCGCCUUCAGGCAACGCAUCGGACCUGCCGGUCACGAGAUCCUGGCCGGCCAGAAGAGCAUCGUGAGUGCGGGCGACCACUUCCGCUUCUCGUGCACGGCCUGCGGCAAGUGCUGCACGCGAUCGUUCUCGGAGCACGUGGUGCUCGACCCGCACGACCUGUACCUCCUGUCACGCGCGCCCAGUCUCGCGCCACUGCUCGCCCACGUCGACGCCGAUCCGGAGUCCGGCGGCGAAAAGCUACGGCCGAGGCGGACCUCGCAGCUGCUGUCGCGCUACGCCCACGCGUUCAGCCAGGAGAUGGGCCUCUACGCCACCCGCCACGGCGAGGAGGUACAGGCCCCCGUCCUGAUGCUGCGCGGCCGACGCGCCGACUUUGCCGCGGCGAGCAGCACCACCGCCGGCGGCGGCGACGACAACGACGAGGGCCGAGCGGGCCACGGCGAACGAGACGGGACGACCGCCGCGACAAAGUCACCGCGUGGCAAAGCCACCGCCGCCAAGCAAGGCUGGUGUCACUUUGCCUACCCGGAGACAGCGGGGGCCAGCGGGGGCGCCCCCAUCCGCUCCUUCGCUGAGUACAUCCAGCUGCGCGCGGAAGGCAAGGUCACCGACGCCGACAUGCAGGGCCGGGUGCGGUGCGGGCUGGGUCCUGAGCACAUGCCCUUCGCCUGCAGCAGCUUCCCCCUGGGUGAGCUCUGGACCAGCUCCGUCAAAACGAAGCAUGGGGCCUCCGAAGCGAAGCGUAAGAUCCGCUUCUACUGGCUGGACCAGCUGAACUGCGAGGGCGUCGACCACCCGGCGGCCGAGCAGCGUCGCGUGGAGGACUAUGUCCGCGACAACCGCACCGAUGAGCGCCUCGGCGAGUGGGAGUGGUUCAAGGACCUGGUGGGCGACCUCGGGCAAAGGAAGCUCGACGACAGGCUCCUCGAGAGAGACCCGAGCGGCUGGGCGGCCAACGUGUUCUUCAGCAUCCUGCACGCCAUUUGGUACGACUUCGAUUCGUUCGAAGAUCAGGCCGACAGCCCGGCGGGCGACGGGGCGGGCGAGUGGGCGCGCCUCAAGGAGCGGAUGCAGGAGCGGACCGAGCGGGCAGUGGCCGACCUGGAGCGGUUUUGCCUGGCGGGCUCGUGGUCGCCGCCCUCGUCGCCGGCGGAGGCGGCCCGCGCGGAGGAGCUCUUCGAGCAGAGCUUCCACUCGUUCCUGGGCAAGAUGGUACACGACGCCAUCCUCACGCCCGACGCACUCGCCCUCGCCCUCGAGCAGCGACACAGCCUCGACGCUCAGGGCGACGACGACAAUGACGACGCCUCUGAUGCCGACCUCGACGACCACGAUGACGAAGAUGAACAAGACGACGACGACGACGACGACCCGGAUCUGUCGAGUGGCGAGGACGAGGAGGAAGAGUACGAGGACGAGGUGCCUCGGCGCUGA